AUGAAAGCGAUCAAGCUGUUCGAGAGAGCUUCUCGAACGUAUAGUGACAGCUCGUCGUUCUCCAAGCUGCUUGUGGUCUUCACCGUCAGUGGUGGAGGCCUUUUGGCUUAUGCGGACGCGAACUCGACGAAUCCGAUUGCUCCACCUGAGAUCAAGAAGAAGCGCGUUGUUGUUCUCGGAACCGGAUGGGCAGGGACGAGCUUCCUGAAGCAAUUGGACAAUCCUUCCUACGACGUUCAAGUGAUUUCGCCACGGAAUUACUUCGCAUUCACUCCUCUGUUGCCGAGUGUCACUGUUGGUACAGUGGAGCCACGCAGCAUCGUGGAGCCAAUUCGUAACAUCGUCAAGAAGAAGAAUGUUGACGUCCAUUACUGGGAAGCUGAGUGUUUCAAGAUCGAUUCCCAGAGUAAGAAGGUUCACUGCCGUUCCAACCAGAACAUCGAUGGGAAAGGGAAGGAAGAAUUUGUGGUGGAUUAUGACUACCUUGUCAUAGCAAUGGGUGCCCGUCCCAACACAUUCAAUACUCCUGGUGUCGUCGAACAUUGCAAUUUUCUCAAGGAAGUUGAAGAUGCUCAAAAGAUCCGUAGAUCUGUUAUCGAUGCUUUUGAGAAGGCAAGCUUGCCUAGUUUGAGCGAUGAAGAGAGGCAGAAGAUGUUGCAUUUUGUGGUGGUUGGUGGUGGGCCCACAGGGGUGGAGUUUGCUGCAGAACUCCAUGAUUUUGUGAAAGAGGAUCUGGUCAAGUUGUACCCUGCAGCUGGGAAGUAUGUCAAGAUAACACUGCUUGAGGCAGCGGAUCAUAUUCUAACCAUGUUUGACAAACGAAUUACAGAAUUUGCUGAAGACAAGUUCAAAAGAGAUGGCAUAGAUGUGAAACUAGGGUCAAUGGUUAUCAAAGUUUCUGACAAGGAAAUCUCCACGAAAGCCAGGGUUAAUGGGCAAGUUGCUACUAUGCCUUACGGAAUGGUGGUCUGGUCGACUGGAAUUGGAACUGAUCCAGUUGUAAAGGAUUUUAUGAAGCAAGUUGGCCAGGAAACCAGGCGUGUUUUAGCAACUGAUGAAUGGCUGCGAGUUGAGGGAACUGAUAGCAUUUAUGCCCUUGGUGACUGUGCUACAAUUAACCAGCGAAGAGUCAUGGAAGACAUUGACUCAAUAUUCAAGAAGGCAGACAAGGACAACUCUGGUAAACUCACGGUGAAGGAACUUCAAGAAGUGGUCGACGACAUAUGUGAAAGGUACCCUCAAGUGGAUCUCUACCUGAAGACAAAGAAACUCCGCAACAUUGCGGAUCUUCUCAAGGACGAUUCGAAAAGCUCGGUCGAAAUCAGCAUCGAAGAGCUCAAAACAGCGCUGAAUGAAGUUGACGCCCAGGUCAAGAACCUCCCAGCAACAGCUCAGGUUGCAGCUCAGCAGGGUGCCUACCUUGCGAAAUGCUUCAACCGGAUGGAAGAAGCUGAGAAGAAUCCUGAAGGACCACUCAGGUUCAGAGGAGAAGGCCGCCAUCGUUUCCGUCCCUUCAGGUACAAGCAUUUCGGGCAAUUUGCUCCAUUGGGAGGGGAACAAACGGCAGCUCAGCUUCCAGGCGACUGGGUGUCAAUCGGCCACAGCACUCAGUGGCUCUGGUACUCCGUCUAUGCAAGCAAGCUGGUGAGCUGGCGCACCAGAUCUCUGGUGGUGACAGACUGGGUGAAGCGGUUCAUCUUCGGAAGGGACUCCAGCUCCAUUUGA